GCUUUUGGGAGCGUAUGGUUCAGUCUCUUAAAGCUCUUCUGAAGAGAAUCUUAGGAAAAUCAUCCUUGACAUUCAGGGAAUUAGAGAUAGUCAUAACAGAAGUGGAAGCUAUAUUGAACUCCAGACCUUUAACAUUUACAUACUCGGAUCUAGGAGAGCCAGAAUCUUUGAUCCCUGGUCACUUCUUAAUAGGAAGACGAUUACUGUCAUUGCCGCAAGGAAGCUCUAAAUUAACUUCAACAAAGGAGAGUCUUACACGUCGAUUUAGACAUCAACAGAUACUGGUAGAAAGAAUCUGGCGAAAAUGGAGGCAGGAUUAUUUGAUGAAUUUAAAAUCUGCUCAUCAUUCCAAACUGGCGAAAACAGCAACAUGUUUGAAUAAAGGAACUAUUGUAUUAGUGCAUGAAGAUAAAAUUCCACGGCUGAUGUGGAAGAUGGGCAUCAUAAUGGAAGUCUUUCCUGGGAGAGAUGGCAAGGUGAGAGCCUGUGCUGUCCGCUUGCCCAAUGGACAUACGAUUAAAAGACCAGUGCAAUUACUAUAUCCGGUGGAGCUGGAAUGUAAUAAGGACAAUUACGCCAAUUGUCCUUCCGGGCGGGAGGAUGUUGCAACUCAACUCUUGCUGAGAUCCGAUGGCUGAGUGACGUCAUCUCGAACUAUGAACUCUAGCUAGAGAUGACGAGAACUCAGAACUGAGAAGUCGCACGCUGCGUCGUGCGAACAUUUAAACCUUUCAUUAUGUAAAUAUUCUGUAACCGUUUGCGUCUUCAUUAAAUAUGUUUGUGUUAAGAAAGUUUAUCAUUUAUGGAUUAUCCCUCUCAAGAUUUUUGCAGAUGCACAGCACAGAGGAACUUCAGCCCAUUGGCCCUGGCCGAACCCAUUGGAACAAGAAGAUGGACCAGAUCAAGGACAAGAUGCUGCUUUCAGGGAGUCUACUUCAGAGGAUGGCAGAUGAUUUUCUAGAGAAUGGUGUUUUAAGAAGUGUUCUAAUGGGGA